AUGAACCCAGACACCAGAAACCCAUCAUGUCUUCUGUACGGAGCGUUAGACGCGCGAUUCGAAGACCGCCCGAUGCCCGUCCUUGACAACCCGCACGAUGUUAUUGUUCAGAUUGCAUAUACGGGUGUUUGUGGGAGUGAUGUCCACUUCUGGCUCCACGGCGGAAUCCGCACCUACGUCUCCGAAACCCAGCCCCUAACCAUGGGCCACGAAGCGUCGGGUACAAUCCACGCAGUAGGCUCAGGCGUGACCACUCUCGCCCCGGGAGACAGAGUCGCCAUCGAACCAGGCUACCCGUGUCGACGUUGUCCGCGCUGCAAAUCUGGUCGCUACAACCUCUGUCCCGAGAUGAAAUUUGCGGCCGAUCCGCCAUUCACCCAUGGUACUCUUACGCGGUAUUUCAAGCUCCCUGCGGACUUCUGCUACAAGAUCCCCGAUCAUAUCAGUCUGGCUGAUGCCGUGCUCAUGGAGCCGUUGGCGGUGGCUAUCCAUGCGGUGAGGCUGGCGGAUGUGAAGCUGGGGAAUAAGGUGGUUGUUUUCGGGGCGGGCACGGUGGGACUGUUCUGUGCGGCUGUGGCGAGGGAAUUUGGGGCUGCAGUGGUGGUUUCGGUGGAUGUGUUGGAGAAGAGACUGUGUUUUGCGAAGGAGUUUAUUGGGACUGUGGGACGGAGUGCUAUGCCGGAUUUGUCGAUUACUCCGGAGGAGAAUGCCCAGCGCUUGAUACGCAGUCAGGGCCUGGGUGAGGGCGCGGAUGUUGUUAUCGAUGCAUCUGGGGCUGAGGCUUCUGUGCAGACGGGUGUGUUUUCCUUGCGCAUGGGGGGGACAUAUGUGCAGGCUGGGAUGGGGAAGCGUAAGAUUGAGUUCCCCAUAUCGGAGAUGUGUGAGAGGGAGAUUGUAGCCAAGGGUUGCUUUCGAUAUGGCGCGGGGGACUUUGAUCUGGGGAUUCAUAUGGUCAGUUCGGGGAGGCUACAGCUGGCGGGAUUGGUAACUAGGAUCUUCCCGUUUGAGGCUGCUCCGGAGGCUUGGGAAACGGCGAAGCGUGGUGAGGGGACUAAGACGUUGAUUGAAGGGCCUAAAUUUUAG